AUGGGUCAAGACAUCGAAGUCUACGUAAAGUCUUGCGGACAUUGUAUCAAGAAUGCCGCGGAUCCAAUCAAGGUUCCUCUGCAACCGUGGCCGGGCAGUCAGAAGCCGUGGUCCCGGAUCCACCUCGACUUCGCGGAAACUCAAAAAGGGAAAACGUUCCUCGUAAUCGUCGUCAGCUUCUCCGUCGAUGCGGCUUGGCUCUCGCCGGCAACAAGCCGAGCUCUCGUGGCCUAUCUCCGCAACUUAUUCCGGCUCUCCGGGCCACCGGAUACCAUGAUGUCUGACAACGGUGGCCAGUUCGUGUCGGUUGAAUUCGCUAAACUGUGCGCGGAUUUCAAUAUAAUUCAUCUCUGA